UGCGUUUCCAAGAUGGCGGCUCCCAGAACUUGACUUGGUGAAACGCAGUAAAAACGUAAGUAGAACCGCCUAAACUCUUCUUUAUGAUCAUAUUUCAGACAGAAACAUGAGACUUUUGGGGACGGUGUUGAAACAAAUCCACAAACCGGCCGUUUAUUCCACUCACCGCCGCCGUCUGAGCUCCAGAGCCACCGGCGGACCGUCUCCGCUCCGGGUCGAGGCUCCGGUCGUCGGGUCAAACCGGGAACUCGUGCUGAGCCUCGGCCUCCAGGUGGAGGUGAGGACCGGCUUCAUCACCGAGGAGGAGGAGGCUGCUCUCCUGCAGGAGCUGGAACCUGGUCUGAGGAGGAAACGCUACGAGUUCGACCACUGGGACGAUGCCAUCCACGGCUACCGGGAGACGGAGCGAGUGACUUGGGGAGCAGCGUGUGAGGAGAUCCUGACUCGUGUCCGGUCUGCAGCGUUUCCUGAAGGGAGUUCGCUGCUCGGCCCCGUGCACGUUCUGGACCUGGACAAAGCCGGCUACAUCAAGCCCCACAUCGACAGCGUCAAGUUCUGUGGCAGCACCAUAGCGGGGUUGAGUCUUCUGUCGGACAGUAUAAUGCGUCUAGUGAAGGAGGACGACUCCAGCGAGUGGCUGGACCUGCUGCUGUCCAGACGCUCCCUCUACAUACUGAGGGACCAGGCCCGAUACCAAUACACUCAUGAGAUCCUGAAAGAUGAGGAGUCUGUGUUUAACGGACAGAAAGUUCCCAGACAGCGCCGGAUCUCCGUCAUCUGUCGCAACCUUCCGGGUUAACACCUGCUUGGUCUCAGCUGGGAUGUUAGCGGAACAUAAGUGGGGUUUUAGUCCACAUCUUUGAGAAGUUAAAGCUGGUAUUUGUUGCACUUGACACUCUAAAAGAAAUCAGUCAAACAGAACCAGCAGAUGUUUCUAAGACUCUUAAUUAACAGAAUGUUCUCUUAUCGUUUGACUUCAUUCACCAGAUUAUCUUUAAAUGAUUUUACAACAUCCAGUUAUUCUUUCCUGCUACUGGGGAGUACGUCAGCUUCCAGUCUAUUUAAGAAUUUGUUGAUACAUAAAUGACUUCAACAUUAAAAUACAGGGAAGAUCCUUCCAUUCUAAGUCCUGUAUUUCUAUAAACACCAUCACUUUGGUGUUCCUCUAAUUCUGUAUAAUACAGAGAUUCUAUGCGAAGCAUUUCCAAUGCACUUUACCAAAUAAAAGGAAAAUGAAUGCAAUAAAG